GACACACACACACGCACGCACGCACCCGCCGGCGGCCCCGAAUUUCCAGCUUGAGAGGUCGGACAUGCUGAAGCCCGGAGACCCCGGCGGCUCGGCCUUCCUCAAAGUGGACCCAGCCUAUCUGCAGCACUGGCAGCAACUCUUCCCGCACGGCGGCAGCGGCGGCCCGCUCAAGGGCGGCGGCGCCGCGGGUCCCCUGGGCGCGCCGCAGCCUCUCCAGCCGCCGCCGCCGCCGCCGCCCCCGGAGCGCGCCGAGCCUCCUCCGGACCCCUUGCGCCCGCGGCCCGCCUCGCUCUCCUCCGCCUCCUCCACUCCGGCGUCCUCCUCCACCUCGGCCUCCUCUGUCUCCUCUUGCGCCGCCGCCGCCGCCGCCGCGCUGGCGGGUCUGUCGGCCCUGCCCGUGGCGCAGCUGCCGGUGUUCGCGCCUCUGGCCGCCGCCGCCGUCGCCGCCGAGCCGCUGCCCGCCAAGGACCUGUGCCUGGGCGCCGCCUCGGGCCCGGGGCCCGCCAAGUGCGGCGGCAGCGGCGGAGACGUGCGGGGCGGCCCGCGCUUCCGCUGCAGCGCGGAGGAGCUGGACUAUUACCUGUACGGCCAGCAGCGCAUGGAGAUCAUCCCGCUCAACCAGCACACCAGCGACCCCAACAACCGUUGCGACAUGUGCGCGGACAACCGCAACGGCGAGUGCCCCAUGCACGGGCCGCUGCACUCGCUGCGCCGGCUUGUGGGCACCAGCAGCGCCGCGGCCGCCGCGCCCCCGCCCGAGCUGCCCGAGUGGCUCCGGGACCUGCCGCGGGAGGUGUGCUUGUGCACCAGCACCGUGCCCGGCCUGGCCUACGGCAUCUGUGCGGCACAGAGGAUCCAGCAGGGCACCUGGAUCGGGCCCUUCCAGGGCGUCCUCCUGCCCCCGGAGAAGGUGCAGGCCGGCGCCGUGAGGAACACGCAGCAUCUCUGGGAGAUAUAUGACCAAGAUGGGACACUACAGCACUUUAUUGAUGGUGGGGAACCUAGUAAGUCGAGCUGGAUGAGGUAUAUCCGAUGUGCAAGGCACUGUGGAGAACAGAAUCUAACAGUAGUUCAGUACAGGUCGAAUAUAUUCUACCGAGCCUGUAUAGAUAUCCCCAGGGGUACCGAGCUUCUGGUGUGGUACAAUGACAGCUAUACGUCUUUCUUUGGGAUCCCCUUACAAUGCAUUGCCCAGGAUGAAAACUUAAAUGUCCCGUCAACGGUCAUGGAAGCCAUGUGCAGACAGGACGCCCUGCAGCCUUUCAGCAAGAGCAGCAAACUGUCCCCAGCAGCCCAGCAGCGCUCUGUGGUUUUCCCGCAGACCCCCUGCAGCAGGAACUUCUCUCUCCUGGAUAAGUCGGGGCCCAUGGAAUCGGGAUUUAACCAGAUCAACGUGAAAAACCAGCGAGUCCUUGCGAGCCCGACUUCCACGAGCCAGCUCCACUCGGAGUUCAGUGACUGGCAUCUCUGGAAAUGCGGGCAGUGCUUUAAGACUUUCACGCAGCGGAUCCUCUUACAGAUGCACGUGUGCACCCAGAACCCCGACAGACCUUAUCAGUGUGGUCACUGCUCCCAGUCGUUUUCACAACCAUCUGAGCUGCGGAACCACGUGGUCACUCACUCCAGUGAUCGGCCUUUCAAGUGUGGCUACUGUGGUCGCGCCUUCGCGGGGGCCACCACCCUCAACAACCACAUCCGAACCCACACUGGAGAAAAACCCUUCAAGUGCGAGAGGUGUGAGAGGAGCUUCACGCAGGCCACGCAGCUGAGCCGGCACCAGCGGAUGCCCAAUGAGUGCAAGCCAAUAACCGAGAGCCCAGAAUCAAUUGAAGUGGAUUAACUGAUUGACUGGUUGGAAUUAAACUGCAAGGAAAGUCAUGAUUAAAUGUCAUGGACACUUAAGCAAAACCAAAGAUUUCCUCUGAGUAACU